UUGUGUCGAAAUAUUUAAAUAUUUUAACUUUUCCAUUAUGGCUGGUAAUGAGGCUGGACAUGGUGCUAUUGUCAGAAAUAGAGAUUUGAUUGAUGUGUGGAUAGAAGCACCGAGAGGAAAUAGAAAACAGGUGGUUUAUGAAAAGAUAUUAUCUCUUAUUGAUAUAACAGAUGAACCUUCCAAACAUCUUAAAAGUAAUAUUAUGAAAUGCAGCCAGUUGUUUGGGUUCAAAAUGGCAGAAAGUAGGACAAUCUCAGAAUCGACUUUUACAAAAUCAGAAAACACAUCUUCGGAUGAGGAACAAGAACCUCCUUGUCGCUCAGUCGGACGGCCACGGGUGCCAUUUGAAGAGGCAUCGAAGAAAACAAAACGAAGACGUGUAGCCGAACUAACCACAGACAGAUCUGCAAAUGAACUUCAAUUUGCUGUAAAUGUCGUUUCUGGAAGCAAUCACAGUGAGGUCUCGCCACAAAUUUUUAGUUUUAGUACAGCUGAAGCUUUAGCCCUUAUGGUAGAUUUGGAUAUAUCCGUAAGAAAGUAUUUGCUACUUAGGUCUGUUAUUAAUGAAGUUGAUUUGCAAGAACUUGUACAGAAAACAGCUGAAAGUAUCCUUGAAAUAAAUUUUGAAGAGAGAGAUUGCCGGAUUAAAGUGAUAUAA